AUGGUCAGUAAGGAGACAGGCCGGUGUGUCCUGUCAAAUUCAGAGUCGGACUCAGACUCAGGGGGUCCGACUCUGGGAGAAGAGAGCGGUGGCCCUGCGGACACUGUACGUAAAAGAAACAAAGCCCUGCAGGUCCGAUUCAAGGACAUCUGUGAGGCCCAGAAUGAAGCGGCACGUCUAGCUCAAGGUGCCAAGGGGCGCUCGGUUUCGUGCAAGGUCGUACACAGAAGGUAUCUGACCAUGCCGGCGCGGCGCUCCAUACCCAACGUGACCAAGAGCACUGCGGUGCAAACCUCGCCUGACCUCAAGAAGCAUUAUCAGACUUUCCCGUUCGAGCGCAAGAAGGGCAACACGAUCAAACACGCAGCUUUGGUGGAGAACUAUCAGGGACAGAACAACGGGUUCUUAAAUGAAGUAAAAAGUAUCGAGGAGGACAGGCCUUGUGGGGGUAGAGUACAAAAGACUCGAGUCAUUUUGCACAGUAUGCCUCCAUGCACAGAUGUGCAGGACUUGUGCGCAGGGUCCGAUGGCCCGGACAGCAGCCUCGAUUCCUCAGGUCAAAGCAGGGAAACAAACCUGCACCAAUUAGACGUUAAGGACGAAGGAGCUACCCAAGGAAGUGGCUACAAGCACAAAGGAUUAGCCAAUCAGGGCAAGACAGGGGCAGAACAAGACCCCAACUGCACCAAGAGCUCUUUUACAUCUUCCUCAACACAACUCCUGCCGGACAGGGGUGCCACCUCAAAAGUUACAGGACCCAUUGCAUGGACAUCUUUGACACAAGUGGAAAGUCUGGACAGUCCCUCUGAGCAGUUUAAGCAUGAAGAGGUUGCACCAUUGAAUGGUGCGCAAUCUCAGACCUCAACCACGUGUCCCUCACAGGAAACCAGCCAUGGUCACUUUCAUGGCAGUCACGGCUUUGGGAGUACGAGCACCCGAGACGACACAGGGGGUCAUGGCUGCAGGCAGGCGAUUUCUCUGCCUGGGGCAGAAGGAAAUGUGAAGGCUCGGCUGCAAGCCAUGGAUGCCCUCAUUAGCUCCAGCCAGGAGACCAUUAAAGUUCUGCUGGGGGUCAUUCAAGAGCUCGAGAAAGGAGAGGCACAGCGUGAAGGCAGACUAUCAUACCGUACAGGACAGGAUACAGCCAACUGUGACACAUGCCGCAACAGUGCCUGCAUCAUCUACAGUGUGGAGCUGGACUUUAAGCUGCAAGAGGAUAAAUUACAACCCUUGAUAAAAAGACUGUGUCCAACAAUGGACCUGCCCUACCAGUCCCUGCCUUACACACAUGAAGUGUAUACUUCCACCCCCAAACGCAAGUCCAAAAUGGAGGCCAAGAAGCAUGCACGCUGGAAACUCUGGUUCCUUUGAUUCAGCACUUCCUGUGCAGCUCUCCUGAAUCCGGCAUCCAUGUGGCAUCAGGCAUCAGCCAACAGCAUUUGGAGA